UGUAGUUAAGUUACUCCGUACUCUGUACUCCGUACUGUACUUAACUACAUAUAUAAUAAUAUUUUUUUCGCCCCUCCCUCCUCAACCCUGCACAUCUCGCUCUCUCCCUCCCAGUCCCCCACCACCCUGGGUUUCACAUGGAUGAGAUGUUGAUAUUGAUCCUGGCCCUCCUCCUCGGUUAUGGUCAUGUCUGCCAGGGUUAUGGAUGCCAGAUCUCCCCCGCCCCCCGCCCCCCGGCCCUCCAUUUUCCAUUCUGGUUGUUAUCUGAUCCUGCCUUCAAUUCGAUAUCAUUUACUAUGCGCACGUCCUGCUAAGUAGUUACACACAGAACAUGCAAAUACGCGUGUUCCUUGCACUCUGGGAUUUUGCAACUGGGCGCGAGCGGGGAAGAGGGGGACGACGGGAAAUAAAAUCGUAGGGAAGUUGCGAUGCCUAAUCACUAGGUACUCUCACACCAGACUCUCUGAUAUUCCCCUGUUCCAGCGCUUCCCUCGCAAAGGCAUAGGAUAGGAUAGGGUUCAUUCAACCCUCCUUGCAAAUUCCAAUUGGCCUAGUCACGACCUACUUUACUCCUUACCAAAAAAAAGAAAAAGAAAAGAAAUUCAACCUUCCCAGAUAUGAUAUGUAAAGAAUGUACGAGGAACCAAGAUCAAAGAAAAGUGAAAGAUGGAAAAAAAGGAUAUAAUAAACGACCACGGUGCGAUUCGAACGCACAAAUCUUUGGUGCCGAAAACCAACGCCUUAACCAUUAGGCCACGCGGCCCGCUUGUAGUAUUAUUAUUAAUAAUCCCAAUUUCUCUUUGGCCAUCAGUUCUAUCUCCGAGAUUAUAAACAGAACAACCACCCCCGAUCGAUAGAAGAGCUGUGCAAGUUGGAUAUGAUACAUGAGUUACAUGAGUGCCUUUUACGAGAUUUAUAAUGAAAAGAAUAAUGCAGACCAGGUUACUCAUGUCAUCUGAAGCCACCCGGCUAGCUAAUUAUCUAAUUGACCACCAGUCCCUCAUCGAAAUCAACAUUCAUACAUUCCAUUACAUGAUAACAUCCAUGUAGAUAGAUGCACGACCCUUGCCGCUGCCCCUCAUGUACACUCUACUAAUAAUACUCCUAAUAACCGUAGGGGUGGUAAUCCCUCCAGCUCUGCUAUACCUAAUCUACAAACCCCCCACCUCCCUAAUCCAGUACUUCCAGCUCCGCUGGCCUGAUAUCCUGUGGCUCGUGCCCAUCCCCUCAACCUCAACCUCAACCUCAACUAUCAGCAACAGCAACAGCAACAGCAACAGCAACAGCAACACAGCGAGCAGAGACAAAUUAAUAGCCCUGACAAUUGAUGACGGACCAAGUCCCUACACCGCUGAGAUCCUUCAGAUCCUCAAAGCCAACGAUGCAACCGCCACGUUCUUCCUCAUCGGCUCGAACAUCACCGACAGUAUCCCAGGUGCAGAGACAAACACAAGCAAGGCGAAAGCAGCAGAGACGCCGCAAACACAGACAGAAACACUCCACAACCUCCUCCGCGCCGGCAACGAAUUAGCCAACCACGCCAUGCGCGAUGAGCCGUCAUGGCGCCUCUCCGACGCAGAGCUCAUCGCCCAGAUAAAAACCGUCGAGCGCAAAAUACAGCAUAUCUACAACUCCGUAUACACCACCACCACCACUACUACUACUACUUCAACACCGAAAAACCCCCCUGAGAAUGCACCACAACCACAACCAUCACCACCACCAAAACCACCAAAAUACUUCCGCCCCGGCUCCGGCUUCUUCACCACGCGCAUGCGCCACCUCCUGGCCGCGCUAGGCUACAAGCUCGUCCUGGGCAGCGUGUAUCCGCACGAUGCGCAGAUCCCCUUCCCGCACGUCAAUGCCUGGCACGUCCUCGACCUGGCGCGGCCCGGUGGUAUUAUCAUUUGCCAUGACGGGCGGAGAUGGACGGCGCCGAUGUUGCGGGUGGUGCUGCCUGAGUUGGGGAGGAGGGGGUAUCGGGUUGUUACUGUUACGGAGUUGGUGGGUGGAUAGGGGCUAGAUGUAUAUAUAAAGGUAUAUAUAUAUAUGUGUGAAUCGCUUUGAAAUUUGUCCAGGACAAGAGAAGAGAGGUUCGUGAUAGCUAUGCUAUGGGUUUAUGGUAACUAUGGUUUAUAAAUGUCUAUGUUUCUAAUAUUUAUCUGUGGGCGUUAAUAGAAGGCGGGAAAAAAAAAAAAAAAAAAAAAAAAAAAAAAAAAAAAAAAAAACCCGAAAAAAAGGUCGAGAAAGUUGUAAAAUCUCGGACAAACUCAGUUUCAUACAUCGGUAACGGGUACGUCGCCGUUGGUGAUCUCGUGGAGAAAUGCCGGAUCGGCCUGGUAGAGCAUGACAUGGAAGUGCUCGAUGGCGUGGACGGACUUGAGAGACUUCCAGUUUUUAAACCAUAUAACCUAUUCCACGAUGAUACGGUUGAUUGGUUAGCAAAAACAGGGAGAAAGUUCUUU